CUUAAAUUGCUCAAAGAUUUUACCUUUUUAACACUCCCUGCACACUGUCUCCUCCUUCUACGCUUCAGCGUUGAAGAAACAUUGAAGUUUUUUGACAAUGAGCAAAGACAAAGGGAAGCAGAUAGUGGAAGAAGAAGAAGAAGAAGAAGAAGAAGAAGAAAAGAAAAAGAAGGAGGAGGAGGAGGAGGAGGAGGAGGAGGAGAAGAAGAAGAAGAAGAAGAAGAAGAAGAAGCAGAAGACUGGUGUUUUGUUUGUAAAGAUGGUGGGAACUUGCUUCUUUGUGAUCACAAGGGCUGUAUAAAAGCUUAUCACCCCAGCUGCAUUGGUAAGAAAAAUAAAGUACUGAAGUCUGAAGGUAGCUGGAUCUGCCACAGGCAUUCUUGUGCUGAAUGUGGUGGCCCCCCUCAGUUUUACUGCCUCGCUUGCCCUGAUUCUGUCUGUAGGCUCUGUGUUUGGGCAUAUGAGUUUGUGCGUCUUAAGUUGGACAAAGGACUAUGCAAAACAUGUUUUGAGUUCGCACUGCUUGCAGAAAAGAAUGCAGAAAUCGACUCCGAAGGAGAGAAGCUAGACUUUCAAGAUCCAACGACGGAUGAAUUCUUGUUUAAAGAAUAUUUGUUGAUAAUAAUGGAGCAAGAAGAGUUGACCUUUGAUGAUUUACAUCAUGCUUAUUCGAAGAGGGAGAACUAUAACAGUGGCUCGGAUUAUGAUAAGAACAAAGAUAAAGAUGAUGUAAUCUCAAUAUCGGAUGCUGAUAACUGCUCAGAUUACGCUUCAGAUGAUUCGUUUGACAAAAUAAAGAGGUCUCGGAAGAAACGGGAACCAAAGAACAAAAUAUGUGAUCUUUUGAAAAGUCAUUUUGCUAAUACUUUGGAACCAUCGAUAUUGGAUGGAAAGCGGAAUGGUGGUGAAAGUCGUUCGGUGAAUGAAGAUGAACAAAUUAUCUCAGAAUGCAAGAGGCCGAGAACAUUGACCCCCUAUAAAGUACCUAUCAAGGUGGAAUAUGCGGUCCGAAAGAGUUGUUAUGCUUCUGUAGUUGUUGAAAAUAUCAAACUUGUGUACUUAAGGAGGAGCUUAGUGGAGGAGCUGUUGAUGCAUCCUGAUACAUUUGAAGAAAAGGUUGUGGGAAGUUUUGUUAGAGUGAAGAGAAAGCCUGGAAACUGUUCGGGGAUGACUUCUUUUCAGCUUUUGCUAGUUACUGGCGUAAAGAAAACCUCAAAUGCUGAGAGCAACAAGGGGAUUCUCCUCGAGGUUUCUUGCAUGCCGGUUGAUAUUCCUAUCGACAUGCUUAAUGAUGAUGACAUCUCAGAGGAAGAAUGCAUAGAUCUGCAACAGAGGAUAAAAGAUGGUAUUAUCAAAAGACCUACUGUUGUGGAGCUCGAACAGAAAGCCAAAAGUCUGCAUGAAGAUAUAACAAAGCAUUGGAUUCAGCGAGAAUUAGUCCAAUUGCAGGGUAAAAUCGAUUUCGCGCAUGAGAAGGGACGGAAAUACAUGUUGGAACGAUUUCUGUAUGAAAGGGAAAUGCUGCAGAAACCGUCUGAACAGCAGCGACUACUUCAAAAGUUGCCGAGAGUGAUUGCGGAGGAAGUCGAGGUUAAAAGAACUGCUGAUAGGAAUUACUCGGGAAAUGAUUGACCAACCGGAUUGUGAAAGCUGCAAAAGCGAGCUGAUAAUGAAGCUUAAUGGCAAAAAUUGGAUUGUUGAUUCAAGUUUUUGUUGAUUCCUAACCUCAUUAUGUUUUAUGUCUUCAUCAAUGGUGAUUUAGAUGCUAUAUGAAUUGCAGGGUUGAUUGUAGACACUGUACUGUAAAUAGCAUUAACUUCAUAUACCUGGAAAAUCAUGGCUGCAUUCUUUUGGAUGAACCAUUUUUCUAAAAUUGAUAUUUUUUAGGCAUCAAA